AUGAGCAUGACGGAGAGGUUAGCUUGUAGCACUUAGAUAAUGUUACAUAUCGCGUGUAGCCAGCUGUUCAGUGUUCAGGAGUAACAGUGUAGCAAGCAUUUAAAGCAGAUUUCAAUGACUGACUAAUUGCUGGUUAAUAGCUAGUUAGGGUGAAUAUGCUUUCCACACUUAUUUUAGUGUCUUUUUAAAAAGUGGAUACCCAUCACUGGUGUGGAAACCAGGUGCACCUACAAGUCUGUCGCUGGAUAAAAGUUGGCAUUUAUUAAAGACUGAAAUGGAUAAAAAUACACGAAAGGUUCGGAAUGAGGACAUUAAUCCAUGCAUCGAAGAAAGUUCUGCCUCUCAGAAGUGUCUGGAUGCUUACAACUAUGACAAGAGCAUGUGCUUAGCCUACUUCCAGAGAUAUAAGAGCUGUAGGAAGUACUGGCACAACAUAAUGGUGCAGAGGAGGAGAGAUGGAGUGAAUCCCUGCAUGCCCACUGCAGCAGAGAGGCAGGAGAUGCUGGCUGCCAUCGGUGGAAAACCAUACUGACUGAUGAGAGUCACCCACAGACACUGAAGAGCAGAGGACCUGUGCUAUAGGUCCACUCAUUCUGGUGAACUGAGAGUACACUGUGAUCCAAGCUCAGCUCAGAUGAAGGAGACCACCUGUACAGCCCCCCCCCCCCCUCUUUAUUCUGAAACACAGUGAAAAUAGAGUGGAGGCACAGAGGAGAGGGAGAUUAUUUACUGAGUUUUAAUGUUGAUGUGACAUGAACUGACACAGUAUGACUGUUUAGUUUUUUUGUUUGGAAGAGAAGGUGAUCAUGUUUUCAUGUGUUAUUUCAGUAGAAGACCAUUUUUACUGGUUCCAGCUGCUGAGAUCUUGUUAUUGAUCAUAAACAUUAAAGGUGCUUGAAGCCACAUGUUCAACUGUAUUAUUUACACACACAUCCUCAUCUUUGAAUGACAGUACAGCUCUAAAAUGGUUUGGAUUUAAAUGAUCAUUUGGAUUAAAACAUGGUUUAUACUUCCUCAAAGUUACACCA